AUGAAGCCGUGGACUCUUUGUGAGAAGAAACGUGGACUAUUUCUAUUAUCAUUGGUUACUAAAGAUUGUGCUGAUCCAAUCCUUUGGACUGGCACUGAAUUUACACGGUCAACGUCAGCUGGAAACUUCCGUCUGUAUAAAGACGCAAGUGAUAUUUUUGGUAUCUGGGUGCCGAACUCGCCGGCAUUUUACUCAGAUGGUAUCCCACCAAACAUAUCUGCGCCGGAUACUUUGUCUGGACAGAUGACUGGUGGGUCCCAUCGAGAUAAACUGCUUCUCUGCCGUGAUUGUGCCUUAUUGACACAUAAAAAUCAUCCAUAUGUUUCUCUUCAGGAUGCUGCAAGUAAAAUUAAAACAGAAGUGCAAGCAUCGCUUCACGAACUUGACUUAACAGAAAAAGAAUUUGGUCAACAAUUAGUCAGAAUUAACGGUCUUAUUCAAGAACAAAAUGCUAUGUACCGCACUGAAAACACUGACAUUGAGAGAACAUUUGUCUCUUUACAUCGUUUAUUAACUGAUUGUAUUCUACAUUCUUUUUCAUGGUAAGAGGAGGUGUCUAGUUACUUCUUUUUGUCAUAGUAUUAAUUCUCUUAUGAAUAAAGUUAAACAUCAUAGUCCUCCUUCACCAGUAAGUACUUUUUUAAGCAAAAAAUCUAAAUCUGUCGAAAACACACCUGAAAUGGAUACAGCGGAUAAUAAUGUGA